AUCCGAACCCCGCUUCGAGCUCGAGUAGAAGAAUUCCACUUGCAACCUUUGGGCGAUAGCAUAAAGCUCUAUAUGCCUAUUACCUUACAAUGAAAUACGUCAAGCGCUUCAAACCGGUCGAGUCCGACCCCCAAAUCCUCACCAAAUUAAUGCAUCGCCUGGGUGUUCAGGAGAAUUUCUGUUUCAAUGACGUCUUGAAUUACAAGGAGGAAUCACAACAACCCGCUCUAGCUCUGAUUGUGAUAUUUCCAGAAUCAGAAAAAGAUGAACAAGGAAAAGCGAUAGUUGAGACAAAGAGGUCACCUAUUAUCACCGAUGACAUCAAAUUCCUGAGGCAGACGAUUGACAAUUCUUGCGGCCUAAUUGCAAUUCUUCAUUGCGUUCUUAAUACAGCUGCAGCUCAAACGAUCAGUAAGCUUAGAUAUCCGUAGUAGUUUCAAAUAUAUUAACGAACGCAUACAAGGGCACAACUCUAUUCUUUAUAAUGCUAUUCGAUCAAGUGAGGGCAUUACAACGUUCCUUGAGAAGUCCAAGGAGCUCGAAAUUGCGUAUCAAUCAGCAGUGGAAUCGGGAGAGACAGAUAUACCUGAUGAUGUUAAAUAUCAUUACGUGGCUCUUGUUGGGUGCCAGGAUUCCAAGUUAUAUGAAUUGGACGGCGAGCGAUCAAGUCCUUUGAUAAUAGGUUCUUGUUCGAAUUUGGGCUACAUUUUGAAUGAGUCUCAACAGAUGGAGCGGAUCAUUGAGUCUUUUACACAUGGAAAUAUUCACUGUGGUAUUUAUAAAUUGCUACAGGAUAGUAAUUGA